GGGCCACUCUUUUUCUUUUUCCUCCAUCGAUACUGUACGAGCUACGGGUCUAGGGUUCCUCCUCCAGCACUCGCGAGAGAGGGGGAUUUUUGCGAUCGCGCGCGACGGCAAUGGGAUCCUUCUGGAACUACGUUGUCCAGCUUCACACAUUGGCCGGGCCUCUGAUGAUGCUUCUAUAUCCUCUGUAUGCAUCCAUUCAAGCCGUGGAGAGCCCCAACAAGGAAGACGAUGUCCAGUGGCUCACUUACUGGGUUCUCUACUCCUUCGUUACGCUCCUCGAGCUUGCAUUGGGAACCGUUCUGGCCUGGAUUCCCAUCUGGCCGACUCUCAAGCUCGUCGCUGCGUGCUGGCUUGUUCUUCCGCAGUUCAAGGGCGCCGCCUACGUCUACGAGCACUUCGUCAAGGACCACCCUCUGAAAAACCAGCUGAUAAGCAAGCCAGCCGCAAUCUCACCGUCGGCGCACAGCAAGAAGUUUGAGAGCCUCGGCGUGGACUCGAGAAACCUGGCGUCCAAGUACGUGCUCGAGAAUGGAGAGGAGGCUUUCGAGAAGCUCCUUCGCGGCGCGCUCAAGGAUGCAAAGCAUAGAGGCCCAGUCUAUGACUACUAGUACAAGCUGAGCUCUUGCCGGAUCCAUCACUGCGUAACUACAAACUUACCAGGUUCCGAAGCUAUUUAACUUCUUUCAGUUCAUGUUUGUCUUGCCUCUGGCAAAAUAGAGAUCCGAAAGUAUCACGUAGUUUGCAGCA